CAGCAGCAUCCUCCUCCUCCUCCUCCUCCCAGCCCGCCAUGUUUUCCUUCAACAUGUUCGACCACCCCAUCCCCCGGGUCUUCCAGAACCGCUUCUCCACGCAGUACCGCUGCUUCUCCGUGUCCAUGCUGGCCGGCCCCAACGACAGGUCGGACGUGGAGAAAGGCGGGAAGAUCAUCAUGCCCCCGUCGGCCUUGGACCAGCUCAGCCGCCUGAACAUCACGUACCCCAUGCUGUUCAAGCUGACCAAUAAGAACUCGGAUCGGCUGACUCACUGUGGCGUGCUGGAGUUCGUGGCCGACGAGGGCAUCUGUUACCUCCCGCACUGGAUGAUGCAGAACCUGCUCCUGGAAGAGGGCGGCCUGGUGCAAGUGGAGAGCGUCAACCUGCAGGUGGCCACUUACUCCAAGUUCCAGCCCCAGAGCCCCGACUUCCUGGACAUCACCAACCCCAAAGCCGUGCUGGAAAAUGCCCUGAGGAACUUUGCCUGCUUGACGACGGGAGAUGUGAUCGCCAUCAACUACAAUGAGAAGAUCUACGAGCUGCGGGUCAUGGAGACCAAACCGGACAAGGCCGUGUCCAUCAUCGAGUGUGACAUGAACGUCGAUUUCGAUGCCCCCUUGGGCUACAAAGAGCCCGAAAGGCAGACCCAGCCCGAGGAGGUCACGGACGUCGAAGGCGACCACGGCGGCUACGUGGGCGACGUCGGAUUCAGAGCAUUCUCUGGCUCCGGGAACCGGCUGGAUGGAAAGAAGAAAGGCGUCGAGCCUCGCCCCUCGCCUAUGAAGCCCGGAGACAUCCGGAGGGGAAUUCCCAAUUACGAUUUCCGGCUGGGCAGGAUCACCUUCAUUCGGAAUUCGAGACCCCUGGCCAAGAAGGUGGGAGAGGAUGACGCCGGAGGCCGCUUCGUCGCCUUCUCCGGGGAGGGUCAAUCCCUGCGCAAGAAGGGGAGGAAGCCGUAGCUCCGGCCGCCGGCCAAUAAACCGUCUAGUGCAACAG